ACGCGGUUGAUUGUUCAUCGUUCUUGAAUCAUUAAUUUUGCUCUUGAUUACUUGAUUACUAACUGUGGAUGGUGUUAACAUUUUGAUUUAUUUGAUAAUAAUUUAGGUAGAUGUUGCAGAUUUAUAUGACAUUUAUCAUCAAUGGUAAUUAUUACAGUAAAUUCGAAAAAUAACCUAUAUAAUUGAAAACACGUUCAACCUUCGAUUUGUAUUUUCUAUACAAUUGAUCAAAAUGGUUCAGAAAACAGAAGGUUUAUUUGAGCAUAUUUUGAUACACUACAGAUGGAUCUUUGUGUGUUUAUUUUUGUUACCACUUUCUUUUGUAUUCGAUAUAUGGAUAUUUUGGAGAAACUAUAUUGUUUUUAAGCUCAAUAGUGCUCCAUCUAAACAUGAUGAUAAAGUUAAAAAUAUACAAAGGCAGAUCCAAUCCUGGAAUAAGAUACAGGGUAAAAAGCCAUUUAUGUGUACUGCAAGACCAGGGUGGCAAACAAUGUCAUUCAGACAAGGCAUAUACAAAGAUAUCUAUAAGAAAAUAAAUGUUGAUCUAGUUGAUAUAUUACAUAUUGACCAUGAAAAAAAGACUGUACAUGUUGAACCCCUGGUAAACAUGGGACAAUUAACUGCAAUGUUGAAUCCCUUGGGUUGGACGAUACCUAUUGUUCCAGAACUCGAUGACCUCACUGUUGGUGGUUUGGUGAUGGGAACCGGUAUUGAAUCAUCAUCACAUAUUCAUGGUUUAUUUCAACACAUUUGUUUGUCUUAUGAGCUAGUUUUGGCUGAUGGCUCUGUUGUAAGAUGUUCACCAGAAAAUAACCCUGAUUUAUUCUAUGGGAUACCAUGGUCUUAUGGUACACUUGGAAUACUAACAUCCGUGGAAGUGACUCUUAUUCCAGCUAAGAAAUAUAUCGAACUUACUUACCUUCCAUUCAAAUCCCUAGAUGCUAUGUCCGUAUACCUGGAGGAAGCAGUAGUAGAUGAUAGGAAUGAAUUUGUGGAAGUGUUGAUUUUUAAUGAAAAUGAAUCUGUUGUUAUGAUAGGAAAACAAACUGAUGAAAUGGACAAUAAAGGUUUCAAUCCAAUUGGUCGGUGGUACAAACCAUGGUUUUUCAAACAUGUCCAAGAUAUUUUGAACCGAAGUGAUGCUAAGACUGAGUAUAUUCCAUUAAGGGACUACUAUCAUCGACAUUCCAGGUCAAUUUUUUGGGAAUUGCAAGAUAUAAUACCAUUCGGAAACAAUCUUCUAUUCAGAUUGAUCUUAGGCUGGAUGGUGCCUCCUAAAAUAUCUCUUAUGAAGUUAACACAGAGCGAAACAACAAAAAAAUUAUAUGAGAAUAAUCAUAUCAUACAAGACAUGUUAUUACCCAUGUCUUACUUGAAAGAAACUGUGAUUUUCUUCGAAGAACAAGUAGGAGUCUACCCUUUGUGGAUUUGUCCAUUUAAACUGCCCAAUAAUCCUGGUUUCUUACACCCAGCCAAGAGUAACGUGGAAAUAUACGUGGAUGUAGGUGUUUAUGGGGUUCCCAAAGUUGAGAAUUUCAAACCAAGGGAGACGACAAGGAAAAUUGAGAAAUUUGUGAUGGAUAGAAAUGGAUUUCAGAUGCUGUAUGCUGAUACGUACAUGACGAGAGAAGAGUUUAGGUUGAUGUUUGAUCAUAGUUUAUAUGAUAAGUUGAGGAAAACCUAUGGAUGUGAAGAAGCUUUUCCAGAAGUGUAUCAGAAAGUUUGUAAAGAAGCAAGAAGAUGAAAUGUGGAAAAUUGAUGCCUAGUUCACAUUUGAAUGGAUCACCAGGUAUAAUGGAAAAUCAAUCAAAUUACAAUUUGGGGCUGUAGAUGAACAACUUAUUUCCAGACAUAGUAUAUAUACUCUCUUAUAGUUAGAAUUCAAUUAUUUUAUAUGGAUAAACGUUUUUAAUAAAGAGCUUUU